GGCGUGUUCCUGCCGCCGCGUCACCAUUGAGAUUGUUCAGGCUGGUUAUGGAAAACUCUGGAAGUUUCCACACUGUUUAUAAAGAAAAUAUGUCAGGCUGUGCAGGCUGAGUUGAGACAGGACUGAGGACGUGCAGCAGAAGUUCAUCACCGGCGAUUUCCGAACAGCAAUUUAGACCGUCGACUGGUCAAAAUGGGUAAAGACUACUAUGAGAUUUUGGGAAUUAAGAAAGGAGCAUCGGAGGACGACAUCAAGAAAGCUUACCGUAAGCAGGCUCUGCGUUAUCACCCCGACAAAAACAAGUCACCGGGUGCUGAAGAGAAAUUCAAAGAGAUUGCUGAAGCUUACGACGUUUUGAGCGACCCGAAGAAAAAAGACAUAUACGACCGUUUUGGCGAAGAAGGACUAAAAGGUGGAGGCCCCGCAGGUGGUGGUGGUGGUGGUGGUUUUGGUGGUGGCCCUGGCACCUUCAGUUACACUUUCCAGGGCGACCCUCAUGCCAUCUUUGCAGAGUUCUUUGGUGGACGUAACCCCUUUGAACAGUUCUUCAGCGGGCGUAAUGGAGGCACGGAUGAGGACAUGGACACUGAUGACCCAUUUGUCCGCUUUGGGAUGGGUGGAAGUGGAAUGGGCGGGUUCCCGCGCUCCUUCAGCUCUGGCAUAGGCGGUCACACUAGUGUGGUAAAGAAGCAGCAGGACCCUCCUGUAGUUCACGAUCUCCGGGUAACCUUGGAGGAAGUGUUGUCGGGCUGCACCAAAAAAAUGAAGAUCUCUCGGAAAAGGCUGAAUCCUGACGGCCGAACGUUAAGGAAAGAAGAGAAAAUUCUAGAGGUGCAAAUAAAGAGAGGAUGGAAAGAGGGCACGAAAAUCACGUUUCCUAAAGAGGGAGACGAGACUCCUACAAACGUUCCAGCUGACAUUGUAUUUGUACUGAAAGACAAGCCACAUCCAGUGUUUAAACGUGACGGCUCUGACAUCAUUUACACUGCCAAGAUCUCACUCAGAGAUGCUUUGUGCGGCUGCACAGUCAACGCACCCACACUAGAUGGCAGAAAUGUCACUGUGUCAACAACAGAUAUUGUGCAUCCGGGGAUGAAGCGACGAAUUAGCGGGGAGGGGCUUCCUUAUCCCAAACGACCUGAUCGUCGGGGUGACCUGAUUGUAGAGUAUGAGGUCAGGUUCCCAGAGCGGCUCACACAAAGCGCUCGGGACACCAUCGCUCAGGUCCUUCCUCGAUCUUAAAGAAAACAAUCAUACCAAUAGGACUUAAAUAAGCUGCCAAAUAUCAUGCAGCCACUUGUGUGGCGGUUAAACUCACUCCAGCCAAUAAAGGACAGACUGAUGGGUCAGAUUGUCCUACGUGUACCUGUUCACCCACAAUGUCAGUCCCACCUCGGGAAAAUGCUUACCUGAAUGGGUAAAGCAAUUCACAGGCUAGAAUGUAAAUAUGACCAAUACUGUGUGGUUUUUGGUUUACUGAAUAUUAUAUUUUGAUGACAAGUUUAUAAUAUAUGAAAUACAUGUGCACUAUUCUGUGAGACCUCUUGUUCAUUAUAAAAGUUCUCAUUGAGAACUUUAAUUUUUUUGUAAGAAAUUUAAAGAAGAUUUUGCAUUGCAAUGUUGACAUAGUAUAGAGCACCUGUAAAGUUUCUCAUGAUGGAUAUAAAGAUUCCUGUACUGAGAAACUUACUCCUGACAUCGAGAGAUUUUAUGCGUGUUUGAAUGAGUAGCAUUGCAGUUAAUGUCAUUAGGAAUGACACUGUAAUGAGAAGUGUUGUUGAACUGUUGGACAAUAAAGAGAUUAAAACUG